AUGACAAGGCUCCGCGGAGGUUCCAUCGAAGACCUCGACAUUGCGCAACCCCCCGGUCACAGGCGAACUCACAGCUAUCGGUCAAAGCUCCCACCAAACGCAUCGGAUGCGCUCAUACAGAACACUAUCGAGGUGUCUGAUCCCUCAAGAGUGUUACCACGGUAUCGCGAUGAUCGAAGGAGAAAAUUCAACGGCUUAGUGCGCAGGCGAGUGGAACUCCGAAUGCUGAGCCUUGACCUCCUAACUCCGCAUGACACUAAUUGGUUUGGAUGGAUAGGUACAAAGCUCAAUUGCUUCACGGCUGCGAUGAUCCCGGAUGUCGAACCUCUACAUGUGCUAGUCAUCGUCGAAGACUCAGUGAAGGACCAUAUCGUCGAUACACGGAGCUCAUUGACAGCAGAAGAUUACCAUCGGAUUUCCCUGCGCCGAACCCGCACACUUGAAGCACAGACGGCGGCGGCUAGCAGGUCGUUAAAACCGGAUCGCUACGAUGAAGAUCACCCGGCCCGUGACGCGUCCAGUUCUUCACAAGAUAGAUCGGCUGUGUCAGAAAUUACAGAUGGGGAUUCUUCGCCACAAAUCCGUACCGGCGGUAGCUAUAUUCGAAAUCUUGACCAUACGGCGGAGCAACAACUAAAAGACCCCAAAUCUUUUACACAGAACCUCUUCGAUACAAUCUCGCUCCGCAUGGUCGAAUGGCUUCCCCUUCGCCGUGCUCCUGACACAUUGGAGCCAUCUUCAAAAUCACCUGCACCGGGAGCCACAAACCAUUCAUCCAUUGAUGAGAAGCACCACUACCAUACCGACAAAGUUUCGGGCAGAGAUAUCAAAACUACGGGCAGUUCCAUGGUUUCAACCCGGCCUGACUCUCAACCUCGUACCCCUUCAUCGCGAACAUCGGCAUCUCAACCCCCCGCGGUCGAGCUCAAGUUUCAGAACCAGCAUGUCAAACGACUAUCAGUCUCCGAGGUUGAUCAUUGGCGCCAGAGUCCGCGUUCAAGCCUUGACGACAAAAGGAGACCAGAAUUCAACAAGAAGCUCCCGGUGGCUUCUUCUGAUGAAUUUGUUAGCUUACCCUCCCCACCAGCAUUAAAGCACCGUCCGCAAAAGCACCGCGGAAGAAUUGGAGAAGUCGAUUCGGUUCCCCCGAAGGAACACCGCAAAAGCAAAAGACGUGUCUCCUGGGAUAGCCAGAAGCUGCUAGACGAGGUAUCUCCUAUCAAUAGCACGAGAAGCACGGAGCCCAUGCCUCCUGCUCGCCCUCUCCCCCCUUCUGUUGCCCAAUCUCCCAGCGAGCGCAAGCCAACGCAACCCCCCAUCGAAACUCACACAGACACACUUCCGCUGGCUCAGACAGUCACUCAUCUUACCCCUGAAAUCAUCGAUGGCCUGUCACAGAUCAUGGUUGAAUCUGCGGAAGAUGCUUAUUGCUGGGAGGAAGAACUUGAUCGUAUGCAGUGCACCGGCAGCUUUGAGCAGCCGGAUUGGCGUUUUGCAACUCUUCGUCAGCGUGAAGCAUUUCCGUUCGUUGCUCAAAGUGCAUUCUUUGUGUUCAGCAACCCCAGUCAAAUUUUGCGCUCCUUUAGUAGCGAGUCAACGGAUACGAUCGGGACUACUUUCAAACGCCUCGAUGUUGCCAGUCUGCGCUUAUCACUGCAACGCCUGUUUAGGAUUUGCCCCUGGGAUAUUGCACUACACAGCCUGUGGAGCUCUCUGGACAAGCUAUUUGUUCCCCCGCGGGGAUUUACCUCAUCUGGACGGCCGUCCCGCCGAUCCUCUCGCAGUUCGACAAUGACAGGACCUGCAGUCCUUCCGGUCGUUCCCCGGCGAGUGUCGGAAUCUACAAGUGAAGAAUAUUUGUCGGAUCCUGAUGCCGCCUACAUUGCCACGAUUGCCUUGUUCACUUUGGUCAGCUUUUUGCCUACCAUUGACUUGGGAACUUGGAAAUUGGUGAUUCGGAUGCGUGCCGCUGGGUCUGUAGCUUCACUGUCGGACAUGCGUAGGCUACCUUCGAAGAAUGCUCAGCAAGCAAUCGAGGUGACGGACAGAUUCGAGCACGAAUUAGGUCUCCGCCUUAUUAAUCGCCUCGUGCGGGCUCUUACUGCACGACUGGCAUACCAUGAAAUCUCCAAAGCCCGCCAAGUGUACAGCUUAGACGUACCACAACAACGAAGACUCAGUGUGCUGGACCGCGUGAUUGACUAUCUGAGUGAAUACCACACCUAUCAUACUGCUGGCAGCGAUGAGCCUGCUGAUUCCAUCAGCCCAGCUUCACUCAUUGUUGAGUGGCUUAGAACUCUUUUCUUGCGCGAAUGGGAUGGCAACCCCGAGAUGGCUCGUAGCAGCCCAGCCGGCGGUGCCAUUCAGAUCUUAGCCUCGAUGUACAAGGAACGAACCAGGUUAGGUCUUUUACCCGAAGACUUCCACACUCCUCUUCUCACGGAGCGGCUGGACCCAUUGGAUAUGCCCGUGGGGUGGGUUGGAGGUCACCCAAACAACCGAACCAUGCAUCUGCUGUCAUAUUCUUUCCUUUUCCCUCCGUCUUCUCUCGUGAUCUACUUUCGUGCUUUGAACUAUUCUGCUAUGACCAAGUCCUAUGAGGCUGCUAUGACCACCACGAGACAUGUCACUCAGACUGCCUUCGGUGCUAUUCAAAUUUCCGAUGAUCCUCGACUCCUCACCCGCAUGAAAACCUCCAUGUCCACUUACCUUGUUCUUGUUAUCCGCCGAGACAACAUUCUUUCCGAUGCCUUGAGCCAAUUAUGGCGGCGGGAAAAGCGAGAACUGAUGCGACCUUUGAAGGUGCAGAUGGGUAUGGAUGAAGGAGAAGAAGGACUUGACCAUGGUGGUGUUCAACAAGAGUUCUUCCGUUUGCUAAUGGGUCAAGCUUUUGACCCGUCCUAUGGCAUGUUCACAGUUGAUACUCCACACCGGAUGUCUUGGUUCCAACCGUGCUCACUGGAACCUCUCUACAAGUUCGAACUUAUCGGUCUUUUGAUGUCUAUUGCAAUUUACAACGGCCUGACCCUUCCUGUGAAUCUUCCUACUGCUUUCUACCGCAAAAUGCUGGGCCUGAAGGUAAAGCAUCUGGACCACAUUCGGGAUGGAUGGCCGGAGCUUAGCCAAGGGCUCGACACAUUAGUGGCAUGGAAAGAUGGUGAUGUCGGCGAUGUUUUCACACGAACCUACGAGUUCAGUUUCGAAACCUUUGGAAGUAUAGAGACGGUCGAUAUGCAAAAGGUUGAUCGUGAUGCGGCGUGGCCUCUCACCAGCCAAGUCAGAAUCACUGCGCCGGCUCCUAUCGCGGGCUCCAGCGCCUGGAUGGAUGUACCUGCUUAUUGUAACCCUGAGGUAUUGAGAUCACCAACCCUCGCUGCAGUCAAGGGGGCUAGCAAUUUCACAUCCUGCGAGCCUGCCUCAGACACGGCCGUCAAGUUAGUGUCUGAGUUCACACCACUUCAAUCCUCUGUACUUCCGGCUGAAGAAGCCGCUCUUGUGACCAAUACAAACCGACACCAGUAUGUCAAGGAUUACAUCUUCUGGCUCACAGACAAGUCUAUUCGACCCCAGUUUGAAGCCUUCCAGAGGGGGUUCAACACGUGCCUAGACCGAUCAGCUCUAUCCAUAUUCUCCCCGGAAGCGCUGAAAACCGUGGUAGAAGGAAUUCAAUCAAUUGACGUAGAAGAGCUCGAGAACCAUGCCCGGUAUGAGGGCGGAUUUGGCCCUGAUCAUCGUGUCAUUCGUGAUUUCUGGGAUAUUAUCCAAGAAUACCCCAAUGAGAAGAGGGCCCAGUUACUCGAAUUCGUUACUGCUAGUGACCGAGUACCCGUCAACGGGAUCUCAAGCCUAAUGUUUGUGAUUCAGAAAAAUGGCGUUGGAGAUUUGCGUCUUCCUACUAGCUUGACGUGCUUCGGACGUUUGCUUUUGCCAGAGUACUCGUCAAGGGAGGCUUUGGCGACAAAGCUUGACAAGGCUCUCGAAAACGCCCAAGGAUUCGGCGUUGCAUAA